AUGUGCAACCUCGACGAUACCUACUACUCCACCUGCACCCAUUUCGGUCCGCGGAUCGUCACCUCCCACUGCGCACGGGGCCUGACUCACAAUGGCUGCGCCAAAACUGGGUGCUGGGGCAGUGAAGUCACUGGCAUCUCGCGAGUCGUCUCACUUUGUCCGAGCUGCAAGAUCAGGACACGGAGCGAAUCCAGUCACUCCAGGGAUCUUCAGCCAGAGGGUGGGCGUCCGGAGAGUCAGAUCGACAACGAUGACAUUGGAGUAAGAACCGAGGCAAGCAAGGGGCACGGCAAAGACAGAGGGAUCUGGUUGAGGAGGCUUGGGACGAUUUGGGAUCGCGCAGAAGACAGCUGGGUUCGAUGGCUCACAAUGCAUUUUGCGAAGUGA